CGCUGCGACAGCGCUGAAUAUCUACAACAGCACGGACUGCCAAUCAAAAGCGGUCUCCAUGGUGAUGAGGUCAUCAGUGGAGGAGGAGGAGGAGGGAGGAUGGGGGCUUGGGGUCCCAGAGAAGAUGAGAAACAACGCCAGCUGGGUGGACGUCACCCAGGACUUCAGAGGAGCCUGUAGAGAACUCAAACUUGGCGAGUUGCUACAUGACAAACUGUUCGGCCUGUUCGAGGCCAUGUCUGCCAUUGAGAUGAUGGAUCCCAAGAUGGAUGCUGGGAUGAUCGGAAAUCAAGUCAACCGUAAAGUCCUCAACUUUGAACAGGCCGUGAAGGAUGAGGCCAUACGGGUGAAGGAUCUGAGUAUUCCUGAGCUGAUCGGGAUCAUGGACACAUGUUUCUGCUGUCUCAUCACGUGGCUGGAGGGGCAUUCUCUGGCUCAGACUGUGUUUACGUGUCUGUACGUUCAUAAUCCGGAUCUGAUUCAAGACCCUGCUCUCAAAGCCUUCGCUCUGGGCGUCCUCAAGAUCUGCGACAUCGCCCGCGAGAAGGUCAACAAAGCCGCUGUGUUUGAGGAGGAAGAUUUUCAGGCCAUGACUUACGGCUUUAAAAUGGCAAACAACGUAACCGAUCUGAGAGUGACAGGAAUGCUAAAAGACGUUGAGGAUGAACUUCAGAGGAAAGUGAAGAGUACACGCAGUCGACAGGGAGAACAACGAGAUCCUGAGGUUGAGUUAGAUCAUCAGCAGUGCUUGGCUCUGUUCAGUCGUGUGAAAUUCACUCGCCUUCUGCUCAGUGCUCUCAUCUCCUUCACUAAAAAAGAGACGAGUGCUGUCAGUGAAGCACAGAAGCUGAUGACUCAGGCUGCUGACUUACUGCCAGCGAUUCACUCCACCGUACAGUACGGCAUACAGUCCCACAACGACACAACCAAAGGAGAUCACCCAAUCAUGAUGGGUUUCGAGCCACUGGUUAACCAGCGCCUGCUCCCGCCCACUUUCCCUCGAUAUGCCAAGAUCAUCAAGAGAGAAGAGAUGGUCAACUACUUCAGCAAACUCAUUGAGCGCAUUAAAACGGUCUGUGAGGUCAUCAAUGUAAUCAACCUGCACUGCAUCUUGGAUUUCUUCUGUGAAUUCAGCGAACAGUCUCCAUGUGUGCUGUCCAGGUCUCUGCUGCAGACCACGUUUCUGAUUGACAAUAAGAAGGUGUUUGGGACUCAUCUGAUGCAGGACAUGAUUAAAGAUGCGCUGCGUUAUUUCGUCAGUCCUCCGGUCCUCUCUCCAAAAUGCAGUUUGAUUAAUAACCACCAGGCUAAAGAUUACAUUGACUCGUUUGUAACACACUGCACACGGCCGUUCUGCAGCCUAAUCCAGUUUCACGGGCACAACCGAGCACGCCAGAGAGACAAACUGGGUCACAUACUGGAGGAGUUCGCCACCCUUCAGGAUGAGGCUGAGAAGGUGGACGCUGCUCUCCACGGUUUGCUGAUGAAGCUGGAGCCUCAGAGGCAGCAUUUAGCCUGUCUGGGCACCUGGAUCCUCUAUCACAACCUGCGCAUCAUGAUCCAGUACCUGCUCAGCGGCUUUGAGCUGGAGCUCUACAGCAUGCACGAGUAUUAUUACAUAUACUGGUAUCUGUCUGAGUUCCUGUACGCAUGGCUCAUGUCUACGCUGAGUCGAGCGGACAGCUCUCAGAUGGCAGAGGAGAGAAUCCUGGAGGAGCAGCUGAAAGUACGAAGCAGCAAGAAGAGCAAGAAGAAGAAGAAAGCUCGUCCUCUGAGUAAAGAGAUCACCAUGAGCCAAGCUUACCAAAACAUGUGUGCCGGCAUGUACAAGACUAUGAUAGCAUUGGAUAUGGACAGAAAGGUGCGCAAACCUCAGUUUGAGCUGGACAGCGAGCAGGUUCGCUACGAGCAUCGAUUCGCACCUUUCAACAGCGUCGUCACACCGCCGCCAGUGCAUUAUAUCCAGUUUAAGGAGAUGUCAGAUCUGAAGAAGUACAAUCCUCCUCCGCGCUCAGCUGAUCUCUAUAUGGCCGCCAGUAAACAUUUCCAGCAGGCCAAACUCAUACUUGAAAACAUCACCAGCCCCGAUGCAGAGGUGAACCGCAUCCUAAAAGUGGCCAAACCCAAUAUUGUUGUAAUGAAGCUGCUGGCUGGAGGACACAAGAAGGAGACCAAGGCUCUUCCUGAAUUUGACUUCUCUGCGCACAAAUACUUCCCCAUCGUCAAGAUCAUUUGAGACGGACCACGUUUCCAGGAUGAGCUCAUCUCAAUGAAAUGAACUGUCGUCACAGUCGCCAAAUAAGUUAACAGCCAUAAGUGUAACUGUACAGUUAAACACACAGACUCACUCACAGUGGUUCAGUUUGAACAGUUUACGAAUCAUGUUCUUCUGUUUGGUUAGUAGUAUUAUAUUAAAUGAAAAAAGCCCUUUCUGGUAUGUUUUGUUUCCAUUAGAUGUUCAAAUGAACCCUUACUUUGCUCACCAGGUCCGUGCUUGACAAGACGCAUGGAACCCAGAGAUAAACGCUACUCGGGAACCACAAACUCAGCCUGCACAGUGUAAAUAAAUAAAUGAAAUCAUCUGGUGUCUCAUACCAUUCAAGCAGCCCUAUUAUCUAAAGAACAGCCAUUGUUCAUAAGAAACAUCAUAGUAACCUCUGUAUAAACCUCGGGACUCUCCAUAGGCGUAAUGGUUUCUAUACUGUACAAACUGUAUUUUAUAUCGCCCUACACUUAAAUCAACCACUCACAGGAAACCCUGUAUAUUUUUAGAUAAAAAAAGUAUCUUGAAUUACAGGGACACAGGUAGUGUCCAUAUUAGUCUCGCGUAGCCAGAUCUUCAGACUGACGGCUGAAGAUCUGGAAACUAUGGCAGCUUUCAUUGGCCAAGGCCCGCCCAUGAGGAUAUUUGACUGACAUGUCCAACAACCAAUCACAGUUUGUUUCAUUCAUAGUCACGUUUCGGGGCGUAUUUAAAUAUUUGACAUACUUUUGAAACUCCAGUGUUGAUCCUGAUAAGUGCUGGUCGUAACGGUUGUAAACACUACGCUGUCUUCUUUAGUGAAGGGGUUUGGUGCCUCAGCAUUUCUGUUUCCAGGCAGAUCGUUAAAGAACGCGACACACACGUCUCCCAGAAAUCCUGUAGAAUUCAGCCAAUCCGACGACACUCCUGAAGUGUUUCCACUUUUGUGUCCCGUAUGCAUCAGACGUUUAGCCUAAGGCUGAGACUAUGUCCUCAUAAACCACCUUCAUAUUGUAAUACCUAUGUCACCCAUGUAAUUAUACAAAUCUGCGUCCUCAUAAACCACCCAAACCAGUACACACACACACACUUUUACAUUUUUAAUCAUUCUGUAUGAUUUAUAAGCUUGUUUCCUCAUUGAGACCUAUAUGUUCCUAUAAAAAAGUUGUAUAAAGUUGCAGAUUAAAAUUAGCCUGAUUGACUAAAUCUGGCACAUUUACAUAGUA